AUGAUGGGAGAGAUACCUGGCUCUAUGUCUUCGAUGUCCAAUACAUCCAGUGGAAUGGUGAUGCAAAUGACUUUCACUAACAAUUUUCGCGAUACAUCGGUUUUAUUUGAAGGAUUGAAAGCAUCAACCAAGCCACAAGCUUUCGGUAUAUUUUGUCUCUUCUUUUUUGUCGCUUUCAUAUUAAGAGGAUUAAUAUUUGUGUAUGUUUACAUUGAACAGGUAGUGUGGCGCAGAGGGCAGGAAUCUUUAUCAUUAUCAUAUAAAAGAACUGUUGAUUUUGGAUUCGACGAUGAAAUACAAGAACCAUUUGAAAAGCAAGGAUCGGAAUCAAAUACGUAUAGCACUAAUAGCGAAGAACUGAAUUUAACACCAGCGCUUUUGUCCCAAAAAAAGAGGCGUUCUUUUUUAUUGCAAAUGUUUUACACUAAUUGGAAAGAUUUUGAAAAGGACAUAGUGAGGUUGAUUUUAUCAUUUCUAAUAGCUAUUUUGUCGUAUUCACUAAUGCUUGUUAUUAUGUCAUAUAUUACUUGCUACUUCUUUGCCGUAGUAUUGGGUAUCGCAGUUGGCGAAGUCUGGUUUAAGAGAUUAGAAAGAAUUUCGAUAUGCAACGAACAAAUAGUUAAUAAUUCAGAAGAAAUACUUAUUCCUACCCCUCAAGCAUUGUCAUGCUCUAGAACAAGAUGUUAG